AACAAGCAUGGCUACCAAUAACAAGCGUAUCGUCUACGUCGGUGGUCUUGCGGAGGAGGUUGAUGACAAAGUCCUCCAUGCAGCCUUCCUGCCAUUUGGUGACAUAGUCGAUAUCCAGAUACCUCUUGACUAUGAAACAGAAAAACACAGAGGGUUUGCUUUUGUGGAGUUUGAGCUUGCCGAGGAUUCUGCUGCAGCCAUUGACAACAUGAAUGACUCAGAGUUAUUCGGGCGGACAAUCCGGGUGAACCUGGCCAAGCCGAUGAAGAUCAAGGAGGGAUCUGGGAGACCAGUGUGGGCGGAGGACACGUGGCUGCAAGAACACUCGGGGCAGACACUGGAGAAGAAGGAGGGAGAGGAAGGGGAGGACGAGGAGGGGGGAGAGGAAGGGGGAGAGGAAGGGGAGGUGGAGCAAGGAACAAAGAGACCUGCAGAAGACACUGAAGAGACUGCAGUGUCAGCCCCCAAGAAAUCCCGCACAAAUCCCCAGGUGUACUUCGACAUCAAGAUAGGCAGCCGGAGUGUCGGCCGUAUUGCUAUAGAGUUGAGAGCAGACGUCGUACCCAAGACAGCAGAAAACUUCCGGUGCCUCUGUACCCAGGAGAAAGGUUUCGGCUUUAAGGGCAGCUCCUUCCACAGAAUCAUUCCGUCUUUUAUGUGUCAGGGAGGAGACUUCACCAACCACAACGGCAUUGGCGGCAAAUCUAUAUAUGGUCGCAAGUUUGAGGAUGAGAACUUUACGUUGAAACAUCUUGCACCGGGUACUUUAUCAAUGGCAAACUCCGGCCCCAACAGCAAUGGAUCCCAGUUCUUCAUCACGACAGAGAAAACAGAUUGGCUGGAUAACAAGCAUGUGGUGUUUGGGAAGGUCAUAGAGGGACUGGAUGUCGUCAGGAAGAUGGAGAAUCCUCAAGUUUUCUUUGACAUCAGUAUUGACCACAGCAAUGCUGGGCGUAUUGUUAUGGAACUACGGGCUGACGUAGCCCCCAAAACAGCAGAGAAUUUCAGAGCUUUGUGUACACACGACAAAGGGUUCGGCUACAAGGGCAGCUCCUUUCAUAGAAUAAUCCCCAGUUUUAUGUGCCAGGGAGGAGACUUCACCAGACACAACGGCACUGGAGGGAAGUCCAUCUAUGGGGAGAAAUUUGCUGAUGAGAACUUUGAUUUGAAGCACACUGGACCAGGGAUUCUCUCCAUGGCUAAUGCUGGCCCCAACACAAAUGGCUCUCAGUUCUUCAUUUGCACAGAAAAAACAGAAUGGUUGGAUGGGAAGCAUGUUGUGUUUGGUCAAGUCACCGAGGGCUUGGACAUCGUCAAGAAGAUGGAGGCUUGUGGUUCCCGGAAUGGCACCCCAGUUAAGAGAGUGUCUAUAGAAGACUGUGGGGAGGUGCAGGAGGAGUAGCAGGGAGGGACUCCAGCAGGGGAUGUGUUGUCUGGAGGGGUGCAGCAGCUUGGCAGUACGACCUGGUCACAACACCUGGCUGUGGAAGUAGUCCAUAAAUAAGUUAACAGCUUGCUGUGGGAAUAAACUCAGGAAUCAACAGCUUGCUGUCACAAUGCUGUGGCAGUACUUUGAGCUGAACAGAAUCACUCCUGGGCCCACUUGCACAAAGCGAUCUUAGCGCUAAAAUGAUCGUAACUCCCAUACUUCAACAUAGGCUUACCAUAGUCUUAGUGCUAAGAUCGCUUUGUGCAAGUGGGCCCUGGGGAACCCAAACCUUAUGACACUUCCAGUGUAAUCAUUAUAAUAUACAACAGAGUCCGCCUGUGGGGCAAAUGCUGAUAGAGCUGCUGCAGGCAUACUCAGUUCAAGCCUUUGUCUUAGGAUCUUGUGUUUGGGAAUGCACUGCAAAUGGACACAAAUACAGUAAUCCAUAUCAAGUCAUUCAUUUUGCGAAUUACUGCUUGAUAGGCUGGUUAAGUGAAACCAAAUAAAUUUAGAAUCUA